UUUUUCCUCACUUCCGCUUUCUGACCCGAGUCGGCAAAUGUUGUGGAUCGCUGUCACCAAACGAGUCUUUUCCAUCUUGUCAGCCAACGCAAGUAGGUAAUCAAAAAUGGCCGAUACAUCUUCCCAUCUGAACUGGUUGAUCAUCCGUGAUCACAACGCUUUCUUGCUGAAGCGCCGCAACAUCAAUAAGCCAUUCAGCACGGAGGCCAACAACCUGACCAACCUGAGCUCGUACCGCUACAGCGGACUGGUCCACAAGAAGACCCUAGGAGUCGUCCCGGCCGAUAAGGGUGUCCAAGUUGUGUACAAGCGACCAAAGUACCAGAACAAGCCAUCCAAGGCUACCGUUAAGGUGACGCUGAAGCACCGCCCACGUCGUUCGCUGAAGAAGCUGAAGAAUAUCGUCAACGCGAACCGCUACCGUCGGGAUCUGCGUCAGGCUGCUCUACGUCGUGCCAGCGCCAUCCUACGAUCGCAGCGACCUGCGUCGGCCAAGAAGGGCAAGGCUGCCACCGGUGCCGGAAGCUCAGCUGCUGCCGCUCCAAAGAAGGCCGAGUAAGCUUCUAGUAUUGUGCGAGUCGGCAUGAGAAGUUGUGAAGUUAAGGAACAUGAACAUCUAAUGGUUAAACAGUCGAAAAUACGGAACAUCGUACAUGUUGUCGUCAGCUCUGUGAGCUAAAAUGAUACCAGGAAAAUACAAAACAUGAUUUGAUAACUGUACAAA